UGCAGCAGCUCCCCUGCAGCAGCCCCCUUGCAGCGCCCCUGCAGCCGCAGGCGGCAUGCUAGCGGAGCCCCACCGAGCCCCGGACGUCGCCGGACAAAAGGAGAACAGCGGGCGAGAAGUGGCUGCGUUGGACUCCGCCGUCCAAGAUGCUGGACGUCCGAGGAUGGCCGGCGCCGGGAAGAUGACGAAUGCUUUUCAGAGGGGGCCGAGGAGAGGCCGCCGGCAGUGCGAGAACCGGGGGCGGAGGCCGCGCGGCCGGAGGAAGGCCCGGCGGGGACGCGGGGGCCAAGUGGUGGAAGCGGUGACCCUCUUCGAGGUGGUCAGCGUGGGCUCCGACGCCAUCCAGUCGGUGGUGGACGAUUGGGUCAGAGCUUAUAAAGCCGAUCGGGAUGGGGCCCUCCUGGACCUCAUCAACUUCUUCAUUCAGUGUUCCGGCUGUCAAGGGUUGGUGACGGCCGAAAUGUUCCAGAGCUCUCCCAAGAACGACCUGUCCCGGAAGAUGGCGGAGGAGUUUGACGAGGAAACAGGAUUGCAGUACAAGAAAUUCAUGGCGUAUCCCUGGAUUUUAACAGUUACCUGGCCAGUGGAUAUGGAAAAUGACAGCUACCCUCUGAUUAGGCCAGGGCCCUACUGGAAAAAGUUCAGAGCGAAUUUCUGCGAGUUUACCGCCGUGCUGAUUCAGCAGUGUCAAGCCGGCAUCCUCUACGACGGCUACUUGAUGGACACCGUUAUUUCCCUGCUGACGGGCCUGACGGAGUCCAUGGUGAGAGCCCUGAGACAUACGAGCACUUUGGCCGCCAUGAAGCUCCUGACGGCUCUCGUGGACGUCAUCUUGAAGCUGGAUGUCAGCCAGCGCAAUGCCCAGAGGCUCUAUGAGGUGGAAAAGAAGCGAGUGACCGGCAGGAAGGCGGGCUACCCUUUAGACGAGCUCGACCGAAGGAAGAAGGAGUUGGAGCGGAAACCCGUGGAAAUCGAGAACAUGGUGAACGCGCUUUUCAGAGGGACUUUCCUGUGGCGCUACAGAGACGUCAUCCCCGAGAUCCGAGCCAUCUGCGUGGAGGAGAUGGGCAGCUGGCUGAGAAUGCACCCCGCCAUGUUUUUAAACGACAGCUACUUGAAAUACGUCGGCUGGAUGCUGUAUGAUAAGCAGCCUGAGGUGCGACUGAAAUGUCUCCUGGGCCUGAAGGGCCUCUAUGACCGGAAGGACCUCGCUUUCAAAAUGGACCUUUUUUCCUCCCGCUUCAAGGAGCGCAUCGUGUCCAUGACGCUGGAUAAGGACGGCGAAGUCGCCGUGGAAGCCGUGAAACUCCUGAUGCUCAUGUCCCGGAACUGUGAGGACGCCCUUUCGCCGGCCGACCGCGAUGCCCUGUGCCGGCUGGUGUACGCGGUCCACCGGCCGCUGGCGGUGGCAGCUGGGGAGUUUCUUCACAAAAGACUCCUGGAUUCGGGAUCUAGCCAAGAGGAAUGUCUCUCCGGGAAGAGAGGGAAGUUCGGCUGCCGCGUCAGCCGUCUGAAACGGCUGCUUGCUUUCUUUCUGGAGGGCGAGAUGCAAAGCCACGUGACGUAUCUGGUGGACAGCCUGUGGGACUGGGCGGCGGACUUGCUGAAAGACUGGGAAUGCAUGACGGCCCUCUUACUGGGGGAUCUCGGGGAAGAGGAGGAGGCCCUCAGCCCUGCCCAGGAGACGGCCCUGGUAGAGAUGGUCGCGGUGACCGUACGCCAAGCCGCGGAGGGCCACCCGCCCGGGGGACGGGCGGCCGCCCGGAAGGUCCUCUCGGCGAAGGAGAAGAAGGUCCAGCUGGAAGACUGCACGAGGAUGACCACCCAUUUCUCAGCCACGCUGCCUCGACUGCUGGACAAGUUUUCCGCCGACGCGGGGAAGGUGGCCGACCUCCUGCAGGUUCUCCGCUACUUCGACCGGGACGCGUACGCGAACGGAGACGCGGGGAAGCACGGGAGCGAGCUGACGGAGCAGGUGAAGGGACUGGUGCUCAGGCACCGGGAGCCCGGCGUCCUGGAGGCCUGCGCCGUAGCGUUCGCCGUCCUCUGCGGCCACGAGCCGACCCGGCCCGGCGGGGCGGCCCUGGCCCGGAGCCGGCUGACGGACCAGUUGGCCGCCCACCUCGCCCGGCUGCUGGAGGAUUUCUUCCGCGAGGGAGAAGGUCUCCGUGCGGACGAAGAAGGGGUCGCCCAAAUCUCCGCCACCCUGCAAAGAAUAAGCGCGUUUUACAGCACUCUCGACUUGAGCGGCCGCAGCGUGAGCGGGAAGACUGAGCGGCUGCUCGCCGCGGGCGCGGAGCACGGGAGUCUUCCCGUUCAGAUCGCCCUCCCGGCUCUGCAGUGCAGUUACUACAGCCUCCUGUGGCAACUGGCUUCGGCCUCCGACGGACAACUCUCCGGGGAUGACACGGUGGAGUUGAAGAAUCGGGUGAAGUGCUUCUGCCAGGUGUGCGGAUCCUACCUCAGUCACCCGGAGAGGGAUUUGAGCGAAAAGGCCUUCGUCCUCCUCUGCGAUCUGCUGUUCGCCUCGAGUCACCGAGGCCCGGGAGACGAGGCGGGAUUCGGCCUCUCGUUCCUUCCCCCGGCCCCGGAGCUGCAGUCGGCCAUCCUCGGAUUCGUCCGGGAUCGGGUGUUCGUGGAGGAGGAGGACGACGGGACCUCGGGCCCGGCCGAAGAGGCGGCGGAGGGGCAAAAGAUGGAAGAGGAGGAGAAAAAGAGGAAAGAACGAGAGCGAAAACUGACCGCCUUGCCUCGGAGGAGGAGUCUGCUGGCUGUUUACUGUAAACUCAUUGCUUCCGACGUGGUGGACGGGUCCUCGGCUGCGGAGGUUUUCGGCCACUACGUGAAGGCGUACGACGACUUCGGAGACAUCAUUAAAGAAACCCUGAGCCGAACGAGGCACAACAGUCAAGUUGGGACGGCCAGGACGCUGAUCCUCUGUUUGAAGAAGUCGUUCCAGAAGCACCUGGAGGCCCGCGAUCCCUCGUUGGCCCACGUCAGAGAGCUGGCCCGGCGGUUUUCCCUCACCUUCGGCUGGGACCAGGUGAAAUCCCGGGAGGCGGUCACUACGAUCCACAAGGAAGGGAUCGAAUUCGCAUUUCACGGAUUCCCCGGAGCCGAAGGGAACCCCCACCCUCCCAACUUAAGCUUUCUGAUGGUCGUCGGCGAGUUCUCCAGCAAGCUGCUGAGACCCGACAGGAGGCUCGUGUACGGCUACCUGCAGAGGUUCAUCCCGGAACACAAGGGCCUGGAGCGAGGGGAGGGAUGGCAGCCCCUGGCCUGCUACCGGAAUUCCCUGCUGAGCGGCCAAGACGAGGACGGGGCCGGCGUGGCGGGAGUCUGCUCGCCGCUCGGCCGACCCAAGGCCUCCUCCUCCCUCAAACGCAAAGAACCGGGAGCCUCCCGGGAAUGGACUCCCGUGGUCUCCGGGAGCCCGUCGGGCGGAGAUUCGGCCCCGGCCAACGCCAGGAAAAGGCUCAGGUUUCCGGAUAAAGGCGCGGCGGACGGCCCGGCGGGAUUGAGCCGGAAAUCCAGAGCGGAGGCCUUCCCGUUCCCCUCGGCCGGAGCCCCGGAGGUCAUCAGCGAGGAGGUGGACGUCCUCGGCACCGACCAGGAGCCGUGUGUGUCGCCCAACGUCUCCCCGGUGGCCCCGCGUGAAGUACCCGGCUGAAAAUCCUUCAACGCUUUAUUGGAAAAUACAAACACGAGCUCUCGGAAACGUCGGCAACCCACCCCCACGGCAAACGAUAACUUUACACCUUUUUUACAACGCUCUGUACAUCUGACGCCGAAAACGUCGCGGCGAGCCGCGGCCGCAGGCCUCCCGGACCCCGGUCCUUCGCCUGGCGCUCCCGUGUACGGCGUUU